GAAUCGUCUCCGGACUCCCCCCCCCAUGGAAUCGUCUAUCGCUAAACCGCCGGGGACAAGAAGCAGACGCGAGAAGCUGGUAAGGAGAGUAAUAUUGCCGGCGAUCCGAGGGCAAAACUGUCCAAUAUGCUUGGGAAGCCUCGAGCCUAGCAGCGCGGCGGUGCUGGAGGCGUGUAAGCACGCGUACUGCCUCCGAUGCAUUCGCAGGUGGAGCACUUUGAGACGAAAAUGCCCUCUCUGUAAUUCCAACUUCGACUCUUGGUUCCAUAACAUCACCCUUUCUUCUCCAAAUUUCCACACACAGAUUUUACCACCGCUCAAUACUAACGCUUCUCGAAAUAGAAGCGGCGAACAUCCAAGGUAUGUGAUGAAUGAACGGCGGCGAUCACGGCCGUUGCCAUGGCGGCGAUCGUUUGGACGGCCAGGUUCUGUGGCUGCAGAUGUGAUCGCUCAGAGGAAGCUUCAGUGGCGUGCAAGUAUAUAUGGCAGACGUUUGCAAGCUGUUGCUUCAGCUCCAAGAAACCGUGUUCGAGUGAGUGUGCCGGUUAACGAUGUGGUGAAAGAGAGAGUGUUGCAAAGAGUAGAACCUUGGAUUAGAAGAGAGCUGCAGGUUCUUCUUGGAGACCGAGAUCCAUCUGUUGUUGUUCAUGUGGCCACCUCGCUAUUCAUUGCAAGCCUUGAAAAGAAUGAUUUUGUCUCUUCAGAGCAACGUAAUGUACUAGAUAACUUCCUUGAGCCGUUGCGCCCUUUCCUCCUCGAUCGAACUGAUAUGUUUUGGCACGAAUUAAGAUGUUUUGCAGAAAGUCCGUUUAACAUGGAAACCUAUGAUGCCGUUGUUGAGUACAGAAGGCUGAGUUGAAUGAAGAGAGAAAAUUAAGACUAUUCCUCAUCUUUCUCUCGUAUCUGUUCCAGUUUUCGCGUUGGACUAUCAAGUUAUUAGACGCUGUUGAACUUGCGUAUGCAUGGAUAUGAAGUUCUGUAUGGUAGUCUCCUCAUUGAGGAAGUCAGAGGCGGCAUGCCCAGUCACGUUAUGCAUUACCUGAAUUAUUUGAGAAGGUAAUGAGCAAUCCUUACAGCUUUAAUGUUUGCGAACAAAAUUCGAGGAUCAUAUAUGACAACUGCUACUAAAACAAUCCAAAAAGCAGGAGCUCAUUUUAUGGACUCAAAAUCUAAUAUUGUAGUCGGAGUUGCUACCAGUUUUAGGCACAGCAAUUAGUUUUGCUUUUUCUAGACCAGCAAGAAGGAUUUGAGGUUAUCUUUAUCUGAUGGCUUUUAGAGUCGGGUGUUUAUGAGAGGCACAGUGAUUAGUGUUUCAGCUUUCUGUCAAUAUGCAGUAGAAGAUUGGUGAGAUGGUGUUUCUGCUUGUUCAAGUGAAGUUAUUCUACUUCAAGGUGCUGUGUAUGAGCAAGCUCAUAGGACUAUCUUGACUCGAUAUGCGGCUCUGAAGAAUGAUAGAAAUUAGAAAUCUCUAAUCUGCCCUUGUGAAAGAUCUCCCAUUUUGUCUUCACAUCACGAGUCUCUUUUUCAGCAAUAGGAGAUGACCAUUUCUUUCUGUCAAUCCUAUACAACUGCAGUUUACAUGUGCAGAACACAACGGAUAUCUUAUGUUAAUGGGAGUGAUUAACUCGUAAGAUCUGCAGGUCCUAGGGUCAGUGUGCGAUCUUACUGUCAUGGUGGAUUGCAUGUUGGUCUUUCUCCUACAAGCCUACAACAAAUUGUUCAGGUUGUUACAAACAACUUAGGAUCAUUCAGUAUUCCCACGUGCUUACCAAUUGCAUUGUUCCACAGGGAACACGGAAGCCUCCAGUCCUCUGAUGACUUGUGGGGGUAGGAAGAAAUGUGGUUGCUGGGAACAUUUGAAGAGUAUUUAUGAUGCAUCUAAGACAGGGAAGCUAGUCAAGGUCCUCACUUAUGAAGUAGAUGAGUUUUUCAUACAUGAAUCUAGUUUGCUCUAAAUCUAGUUUGCUAGAGCACUGUAAUUUGGAGUUGGAAAACACGUCCUCACAACAGAGGUGUUUUGCAAAUAUCUUUAACAAGACAGAACAAAACAAACCAAAACAAGACCAAUUUUGGUGCAAAAAAAUAAUAAAAGGUCCAUUCAUUUUGGUUGAAGUUGCCUUA